CUAAAGUUAAACACACAAACAGAACAGUGGCCAUUUCUAUCUGUGCACACAAACGCAGACCUACUGACACACUCAGAGGCAUCCCCAGAGCUGGGAUUGGACAGAGGGAGAGAGAGAGAGUGAGAGUAUGAGAGAGAGAGAGAGCACUUCUUUCCCACCCAUCCACAGCUGCUGUAAUACCAGUGGUCCUGUCAGAGUGGGAUAUGAGAGCAGGGAGGCGAUGACGACUGGCCACUUAGACUCCUAGACCACCUCAUCUAGACUCAACACCUCUCACGUUCACUUCUCUCUCUCUCUCACACACACACAACCUCUUCUCACUAACCACCCGUGGACCGGGGAUGGAUUCUAGGCUGUUGAUUGGACCGGGGAUCCCCACACCGGACCCGACCGCUCGGGCACCCUGGAACAUCAGCUCCAUCAGUCCGUACCGGCUCAUGGAGCUGUCUCCAGUCGCUACAGCUGGUUCCACAGUUCCAAGCCACCCAUUUCCAACAGUCGACGUCCCAGACCACGCUCACUACACCAUUGGUGUGGUCAUUCUGGUUGUGGGGAUCACAGGCAUGCUGGGAAACUUCCUGGUCAUAUACGCUUUCUGCAGGAGCCGGAGCUUACGGACGCCGUCAAACAUUUUCAUCAUUAACCUGGCAGUCACAGACUUCCUCAUGUGUCUCACCCAGACGCCCAUCUUCUUCAUCACCAGCAUGCACAAGCGAUGGAUCUUUGGAAAGAAAGGUUGUGAGUUGUAUGCCUUCUGUGGAGCAUUGUUUGGUAUCUGCAGCAUGAUGACACUGAUGGUGAUUGCGGUGGACCGGUACGUGGUGAUCACCAGGCCUCUGGCCUCCCUUGGGGCGAUGUCUCGCUGGAAAGCCCUGAGCAUUGUUGCAGUUGCCUGGGUCUACUCCAUGGGCUGGAGCCUACCCCCAUUCUUUGGCUGGAGUGCCUAUGUCCCAGAGGGUCUGAUGACGUCUUGCUCCUGGGAUUAUAUGACAUUUACCCCCUCUGUCCGCUCCUACACCAUGCUGCUCUUUACCUUCGUCUUCUUCAUCCCUCUCUUUAUCAUCAUCUUCUGCUACUGCUGCAUCUUCAGAGCCAUCCGACACACAACGCGAGCGAUAACAAAGAUCAACUGUGAGCGCACCAGAGACUCUGCAAAGAGGUUCCACAAGAUGAAGAGUGAAUGGAAGAUGGCCAAGAUCGCACUCAUUGUCAUCUUGCUGUUUGUCAUUUCCUGGGCCCCUUACUCCUGUGCAGCCCUCACUGCAUUUGCUGGGUAUGCUGACUUGCUGACUCCCUAUAUGAACUCUGUUCCUGCUGUGAUCGCCAAAGCAUCUGCUAUCCACAACCCCAUCAUAUACGCUAUUACACAUCCAAAAUACAGGUCUGCACUCAGCAGGUAUAUUCCCUACCUCGGGGUGUUGCUGUGCGUUACUGGCAGAGACCGUUUCAGCAGCAGCAGCUUCCAGUCCACCCGGCGAUCAACCCUCACCAGCCAAUCAGAGAGCAAAUGCCCCGGCAAGCCCCGCCAGUCCUCCCACUCUGAUAGUGAAUCAGCUCGAUUCUCAGACACUGAAGAGGACUACUCAUCUCGGAUGCCUGUUGCUCGUCAGUUGUCCAGUGAUGUAAAACAGGUGCGCCCCACCAGCCAGAGGUUGAAGGUGAGAGGUUACCACACAGGAGACUUUGAGAGAACUGCUGCCCACAACCCCACUGACCCAGCCAUAUGUCACCUCUCUCAGAUCAAUACUCUGACAGAGCCUGAAGACAUCUCCAUGUCGGACAUCAGCCUGCAGCCUGCCAGUCAUCUGCCUGCUACUCUGGAUAACGUGGUUGAGGAGUUGGGGCCAAGGACUACGUGUAAAACAACACCAUCUGUCAUUGUCACCUCCAUAUCGAGCCCGUCUAUACUGCACAGCCCCCCAGGUUUUCAUGGUAUCCACAAACUGACCAAAACUUACAGCCCAGUUGCCAAGGAGCCCCUUGAUGUAGCCAGGCUGGAGACAACAAUAUUACAAUGAACAGCUGGAGAAAAGUGCAAUGACUGCAUGAUUGUAUGAGUGUGUGUGGAAGUGUGCUUGUCUUUUAGCAUUUCCCUUAAUGGGACUUUUCUGUACUAGCAUGCUGUUUGCUAGUUACAGUAACUCAAAACCAGAGCAUGCUCUUUUUAUUUUAUUUUAAAUUUUUUUGCAUACACUGUGUGAGUAUGUCAGCGUGAAUGCCCAGUAAAAUUUAAAUACAUGUGUGCAUAUUUGCAUACAUAUACUGUAUGUGUUUUUACUGUUUCUGACAUAUCGUGAUCGUUGAAGAUGGUUUAUCCCGGAGCUGCAGGCAACAAAUUAGCCUUAAUAAACACAGUGUAAAAGGUUUUAUCUCUACGAUUGGGAUUCAUUUAAAUUUUAUCGAUUCCUCAUUCAGAUUCUUCUCAUAUAAUUUGAGUUGAAAAAAUCAAAAUAUAUUUACUAAUGACAAUGCAUUUAAAAAGUUUUUGGCUUUUUUAUCUUGCCGUACAUUAAUUUAAUAUUUGCUAUUAAAAACUUGUUUCUGCUCCUUGAUUUAGGUGUGGUACCAUUAGCUGUUUCUGGGGCAUUGCGACUACAACUAGGAAUAUCAAAAAUGCUUUAAAUUAUUUUUGCACAUUGUUUAUGUGCCACAUAUUAAAACACUGUACGUUAAUGUAUAUGUAACUACCAGACAGGUUCUCAUUACCCAGCCUGAAGUGUUUUUCUUUUUUCUACUAUACUUGAGGAAUUGAGAAUACACUAUAAAUACUGAUAUUAAAGGUGCAUUAAGCGAUACUUUUUAUAAUGGCCUUGAAUCAAAUGACUCCUGGUUGCGUAUAAGGACUUGUGACACCACCGAUACCACUGAUAAUGCAGAUUUACACCACUUUGAGCUCAUUGUUUUGGUUCUCAAAACUAAAACUAAAACCAUGUUUAGGUUAUAAAACUGUGACGAGCUACCAGCACAGGAGUUAGCACAAGCUAACUGCUCCUACAGAAUGUGAAAUGUCAGACAAAGUUAACAAGUAACUGGUGAAGAAAGUUUAAUAUUUAGUAACCCUAAGAGAGACACGUGCUUUUCUCAGGAGGUGGUGGAUGACAUCUUAUCUAAAAUGACAGUGGGUACUGGUGGUACAUUUAACAGGUGGUAGAUAGGCAAGUGAGGAGUUUGUUUAUGCUUUUGUCCCCCACAUAUGAAAUUUAUUCAGACAGCCCACCCAUGUAGACUUUUUUUCCCUCUGUUUAUUUUUCUAUUUAUUAUUUGAAAAAUUAGUCUGCUUGGAAACCUGCUGAAAGUUUAGCAUGUAUUUCUGGGGUGAUGCACUUAUCUAUAAAUGCCAACAGUUGAACAAGAGUCCGCUUGUGAAUGUGAAUACUGAUUCACAAUUUAAAUACAGUAAAACACUAUUAAUAUUGUAUGUUAGUUACUAGAAACUGACUAGUCAUUCCAGCCUUUCUGUCCUGAAGUGGUAAACAAACAUUUAAUGCAGCUUUAAUACGAGGCAUUUUACUUCUAAACUGGAUAAACAGAUACACAUACACAUACAUGCAACAGAGAGGAUAAAAAUAUUUUGUUUCCCCUCUGACUCUUUGUCAAUGAUUUUUCCAGUCCUGGUGACAUGAAGUAUCACAGAUCAGACAGAUCGGGUCCCAAAUGUGUCAUAACACCACAGUACAUCACCCAAUACUGUGUGAGCAUGUGAGUGAGAGUAUGAGUGUGUGUCCACAGUGAAGAACUGGACUCAGUACUGUAAUUCAGGAUUCCUCUUGAUGCCAUACCUUGCUGUGAUAUCUAGUAUCAGAUAAACAGGAGACAGUGUGCUAAACAACUUCACUGUUUUUAUAAGUAUGGUUUCAGGGUUGUUAUCACAGACCUCAUCGUAGACAGAUGUACAGAAACACCUCAACAACUGCUUUUCACCAACUUUUUCAAUGAACAUCACUUUUCCAAAGCUGUUUUUUUUCUCCGCUUCAGUGUGUUGCUGUUCCCUUUCAGAUUCCUAAAAUUGCUGCAUUAUUGACAAUGAUUGUAAUAACUCUUAUCCUCACAUGUUGAAAUAAAUCUGACACACUGUGGUCAUUUUUGUGUUUGUUAAAAGAUAAACGGUUACUAAAUAUGAAAAUCUUUAAGUUAAUAUGGCAACAAAAGUUGAUACAUUCCCACUGUUGCUUAUUUGCCCUCCUGUUUCCAUCAAUGAAUGUACAAAAUUAUAAAUGUGUAAAAUGUUAUGGAUAAAAUUUUGGUAUAAUGACAGAACAGAAAUGAAUAUUAAAAACUUUUAAAAUUAAAAUUCCGCUUUAAUGAAGUGAUUGUUUUUGUUUUUGUUUUGUUUUUUUGAAGUGAUGGUUUCAUGUUGAUUUUGUUUGUACAAAUUGUUUUGUGUUGUUUUUAUUUAUUUUUCUAAAUAAAAUGUUGCUAAAUUCAACUUUUGGGUGUUUCUCUAUCUCUUUGGUGUUGCUUGAGUAAGCCAUGAAUUAAUGCAAGGACCGCAACUAAUGAUAAUUUUCACUAUGGAUUAAUUAAUAUUGUUUUUAGGUUAGGGUUAAGGGUUUAUAGUUAGAAACAUGACAAAAUGGGCAGACUGGAUAUAAGCAGUAUUACAAAAUGGGAUGGGCUGGGUCUCUAAAAUAAUUGUCAACAUUGGUGAUUAAAGGAAUGAUGUUUGAUGCUGAACAGCUGUUAAUGCUAACAUUGGCUAUGUAGCAAGAGCAAAAGCUUUCAUAUAGCACCUUUAAGGAGUUUGGUGUGUUGACCUUUGGUGUGGUCAUACACCAUUACAAUUUACAAAGUCCAGUCAAGUUAUUUACUCAAUCAAACAGUCCAAACUCCACAUGGAUUCAGAAAAUUCUUAUGUCUCAAAAACUGGAACCAAUGAAUGCUUAAAAUAGCUUAAAUGGCUGAUCAGCUAUCUAAUAUUUAGGCACUUAAAUUUAUGUUGAUCAACUGUGUAAUUAAUAAUUUCAGCUAUACAUAUCUCAUACAUAUCUAAAUUACACCAUCUACUUUUGCAUUUCAGUGCUCUCUAGUAGUCAAAAC